UCUGACAUCAUAAGCAAUUAUUUAAAUAUCAAAAUUAGAACUCGUCUUUCUUUUAUUAUUUUUACAGUUUCAACUGAAUCAAUGUACACAUAAAUAUGUUAAUGUGGUCAGACGUUGCCUGUUGUUAGCUGACCCUCUUCAUACCUGUCAGAGACAACAAAAAAGACAAAUUCAGACUUGACAUGUCCAACAGUUUACAAGACCCAUAAAUGCUCGUUCUAACAGUUAUGUCGACAGUCAGCGGCUUGGAGAUAAUACAAGGGGCUAAAAUCAUUUUUGCCAGUAAUAUAGCAGAUAAAGUGUGUUGUACGAUGUGCUGUACUUGACCUCUUUCUGCUCACUGAUUAAACAGUUCAGUUCUCGAGACAAUACUCAGCCUACACUAAAGCACAUCCUUUUAAAAAAAAAAUGAUAUCUCUAGGUCAAAGAUUCGACUUUAUCAAGUUGCAAAAGGCAUGUGUAUCGAGUAAGGGAUGAUUAACUGGGUGCUUGUAACUGUGUAGAAGCUUUUGUUUGGAGCAUCUACAGCCUUUAGUUUUCUUGUAUCUCUUCCUCUCGUUGUCAAGAUGGUAAGAGCAACGGGAUCUGGUAUCCUGCAGUUGUCUUCAUUCACCAACUACCACGUCAUCUUUCUGUGUUGUUUAUUUUCGUUCCCGUGGCAGCACAAGUUGACAAGAUCACGCGCUCUAUACCGUCUGUUGAGCCGCUACAGGAUACUGUCCUGACAUGUCACUUCCCCGAGGACCUCAGUGUCACCAAGAAAGAUUUCACUAUCUACCACUACGUUGAUCAGGGUAACCCGGAGGCUGUACUAGACUGCUGGUGGAUUCGAGGUUCACAGGAAUGUUACUCAAAACCAGGGUUCACGUACGACAAGAGGGUCAGCCGAUCCCUCAACCUUACAGUCGAAAGAGUGGUUGAUGGACACGUGGGUACAUACGCAUGUCAGAUCUCCGGAUACGGAUCCACCUCUUUGGAAACUUGCGAGUUUCUGCUUGAUGCACACAACACAUGUAAUAUCUCGAAGGAAAGCAGCGACUCCCAAAUUACCUUGAACUGUUUCUUUAAUGAAGACAUCGAGAAGACACAGAAGAAUUUUACCGUGUAUAAACACAAUGAGCAAGAGAACCUAAUUAACAGAACCGUUGUCGUGGACUGUUGGUGGGAGAACGGUAAUCCGAGAUGUUGGGGAGAGAAAGGUUACCUAUACGAAGAAAAAGUCUCCACGUACUUCAAGAUGGCGAUCCCCAUGGCAACAAACGAGAAAACAUACAUCUACUCUUGCUGGCAUGGAGGAUCUCAUGGUCAUAAAGGGAAAACCUGUUCCUUUCGUAUGGACAGCAAUGGUGUUCAACCCGAAACAAAGAAGAAUUUAGACACUGUAGCGCUGGGAACAUCCCUGGGUGUCCUGACACUAAUUGCGACAGUGAUUGCAGGACUCGUGGUGUUUAUGAAGAAACGGAGAAAGAAUGUGUCUAUGUCGGUGAUGAAGGACGAAGAAUUCCCAAUGGUGUCUCCCGAAAACCAGCCCGAUAAAGUGACAGAAGAGUUUCAAGCCUUUUUGUUGGAUAAAGUCAAUGAUAUGUAUCCAGACAUGCUGAAUGAAUGUUACUUUGUGCCUCCAGUCUACUUUAACAAAACUCGAUACUCUGAAAAAAAAUUUGCCGAUCAAGUCUUCUACGUACCUCACCCUCCUAAUGUCAAAGACAUCCUGUAUGACCGAGCCAUGCAGCACGUGAUACACUGCUUACGUCAUAUGGCGGAACAAUAUCAGGAACAUAUGUUUGUCCUGACACAGUUCAGUUACGAUGACUACCUGAGAUGUCCCAGUCCUGAGUACACAGGACAUCGCUUACCUGUUCCUAAAGUUGAUAAACGUGACCAGAAUAUCGGAUGUUUUGAUGUUCUUAUCAUCCAUAGACAUCAAGGCGUGGUGGUUGGAUUGUCAAGACUGUAGGCGACAAAGACGAUGGUAGUAAAGAUGGGGAG